AUGACGGACAUAUUUGAUCUUCCGAAAGACCCAAAAUACGAGUUAACUGUUGGAGAAUGGUUGAAUAUCAACAUGAACAAUAUUACUCGUACACAGUAUAAUCCAAAUCGGAAGACAUUGGAUCGUCGACGACGGCCUAUUGCCGUCGAUGCAACCAUGGAAGAGACAAUGCAAGCAGUCAAACAAGAAGUUGAAUCACUACGUGACGAGUUAUACGGAGAAAAAGAAAGCAAACGAAAUACAAAAUCGGAUUCAAAUCUGCAAGGGAAGUCGCAAAAGCUUGGAGUUAACAGACCAGCAAACGCAAAAGUUUUUGAACCACCAAGACCGAAAAGGAAAUACGUCAGAAGAGUAAAUGAAUAUGGCGAACCGCUCUACAAAGCUCCAAAUCUAGGAAUGCGGUAUGAAAAUUCAUUGCUGGUCACCACUCAGAAAUUUAUGCUUUUGAAAGAUCACACUCUUCACAAGGUUCUGAAUCUGAAUGAUGCUGCUGAUUUACUAGGAGUUCCGAAAAGACGAUUAUAUGACAUUACAAACGUAUUAGAAGGAAUAGACUACGUUGAAAAAAUUGGCAAAAAUAGUAUUCGGUGGAAAGAUACUUCCAUCGAGCAACAGAAGUAUAAGGCAUUAACUUCUGACAUCACUAUUCUAAAAAGACAGGAAAGUAUAGUUGAUGGUUUGAUUAAAGAUUUGCAAUCGAUGAACCGUAUUAUUUUGGAAGAUCCAAUCGACAAUCCAUAUGCAUAUAUUAAGCAGAGCACGAUUCAUAAUAUUGACGACAGGAAAAAAAGUAUAAUUGCAAUUCGCGCUUCAGCAGGAACUCAUGACGAUGUUGAAGUUACGGUAUCCGAUCCUGCCGAAACAAAAGCAUUCCAAAUGAUUGCGCGUAAUAAAGCGAGAAAGGGUUUGGAUGCAUUCAUCUGUACCCCAGACACUGGAAUUGCUUCAUUUGAAAAUGGAUCUGAUGAUGCGUUGAAAUCUGAUGUCAAGAAAGAACCGGGAUUAAACGAAGAAGUAGUUGUAAAAAAAGAAGAGAUAGAGGGCAAUUCCAGACCUAAUGUUCAACCCGCAGCAGAGCCAACUCUUCGACCAUUAACGUUAAACGAACCUGGACAUCCUGGCCUAUCAUUUUUCACUGUUGAUCGAAAACCGGAAGACGAAAACAUCACUUCCACAAAUUUAUUAGACUACUAUCCUACAAAAGGAUGGUAUACUACGGAAUCAGUAACUGAGCUAUACGGGGAUGAUGAAUAUUAUUAG